AUGACGGCGGACGUGGCCAUGAUGUACAGGCAGAUUUUGGUGGUCAAGCCAGAUCGUGUACUUCAGCGCAUACUAUGGAGAAGAAGUCCGAGCGAACUCAUCAUGUUAUGUGAGCUGAACAUUGUGACCUACGGCCAGGCAAGUGCGGGUUUUCUAGCCAUUAGCUGUCUGAGGAAGUUAGCUGCAGAAGCAAAAGAUUUGCCACUCGCGGCAGAAGCAUUGGAAGAAGCAACCUACAUGGACGACGUCCAAACAGGAGCUGACACAUUGGAAGAAGCAAUCGAGAUGCAAAGACAACUGUCCGAGUUAUUAGCACGAAGACAAUCCUAUCUUCGAAAAUGGAGAGCUAAUGAUUCGAGAAUACUACAACAUCUCAGCGAGGCAUGUAAAACUGAUAAGCUGCUGGUGUUAGACAAGGAAGGAGCUCAAAAAACUCUAGGCUUGCUCUGGAAUGCGGCAGAAGACUGCCUGCAAUAUAAGGUAGAAAUCGAGGAGACAAAGGUCACAACAAAGCGUACUUUACUCUCGAAGAUCUCGCAAGUAUUCGAUCCGCUGGGAUUGAUAGCGCCGCUACUCAUUAACGGCAAGUGCAUCAUGCAACGAUUAUGGCUGCUUGAAAUUGGUUGGGAUCAAACUCUUCCUCCGGAGUUUCUAUCGACUUGGGAAAAGUACUAUACUUCUUUGCCAAGAGUCAAUGAAUUACGCAUACCGAGAAACGUCAUACCUGCUAAUUCAUCAAAGAAGUUCGAUAUUUUGGGAUUUGGAGACGCGUCCGAAAAGGCCUACGGUGCUUGUUUAUACGCUGUGAGCAUAGACAAAUCGAAAAAGGUACAAUCUUAUCUCAUCUGGGCGAAGUCCAAAGUGGCCCCGAUAAAAAUUAUAUCCUUGCCACGUUUGGAGCUAGAAGCUGCUCUAUUAUUAUCUGAUCUUUAUCAUACUGCAAAAAAGGCUUACGGCGAUCGUAUUCGUACAGUGCGACUAUGGAGCGACAAUACCAUAGUCCUCGGUUGGAUCAAUACUCAACCCAACGUGUUAAAAACAUUCGUGGCUAAUCGCGUAUCAAAGAUACAACUGCUAACAAAGAAUAUAGAAUGGUACCACGUGCCCUCUGAAGAUAAUCCGGCAGAUUUGCUGUCGAGAGGAAUUGAAGUUGACCGAUUAAUCGAAGAUAAACUGUGGUGGCAUGGACCUCAGUGA